CUGAAGAGAAAUCUGUCAGUGUCUGUCUGUUCUCGAGAUCAUUCUCCUUGCCAUUCCCUUCCGUCUUUUCUUUUUCAUUUUCAGAAAGUCAGAAUCAAAAUUUUUUGGCCGUCAAAUGGUGCCUGUCUGUCGUUGGUGAAGUUUUUGAUAAAGAUUGCAUUGACUGAUCCACUGGUGCUCGUCGAACAUGAAGCGUGUGGCUUCUCAUUGUAGAUCAAGUCGCUUUCUAUUCAGUACGAAUCAAGUCGCUUUCUAUUCAGUACGAAGCUCAGGAAUUCAAUCCAUUACUUCGCGCGGUAAGUCAGUAAGUAACGGAAGGACUUCGCUGGAAUGUAAGGAACCUUUCAUCAAUCAACUUCCACCCAACCGCCUCCAGAGAAAGGAUAUAGAGAAGCUGUUAGCUUACCUAAACACUUUCACGUUAAAAGUAAAAACUUGCUAUCAUUAUUUCGCUCCGUCUCAAAUCUGAAAAUCUUGGAUUAAGUAUCGUCGUGUCUGUUAGUUUACUUUUCUUUCAAUUUCAACAGUAAUAAUCGCUCAGAAUAAAAAGAAGACUCAAGAAAAAAUUAGUUAGGUACACCAUACCUCCAAAAGAUAUCUAAGCUACUAACCUCGAAGCCAGCUCGUGUAAAAACUAUAUUUGUACUGAGGGGUGCCUGCUAGUCUCUCUUCUGGUCACCACCUAGCAUUCUCAUCAUUAGCAAAGCUGUUUCUUUUUCAAGCAAUAGACGCUCGCUCUGUUUCUGAAGUCAUUUCAUUGAGAGACUGAGUCUUGUUUUAUCGUGUAAUAUAAGAAGUCUGACUAUCUGAGGCCCACAAGAUUACUAAAAGCCUGCUUUCGUUUUAGAAU